AUGUAUGGGCAGCAGCAGAAAGCACCACGAUGGAAGGACUGCAUCGUCCACACUAUGGAACGACUGGAACAUAUGCAAUACGCUACCAGUGCGAUUUACAUAAGGAAGGCAUUCGACCAGGAGUCAAAAAAUGUUACACUGGAAAUGAUCGAUGACCUGCAAGAAGUAUUUCACGAAAUCCUCACCACCAGUGACUGGAUGGACAAUCAAACCAAAGCUUCAGCUUUGGACAAGGCAAACCAAAUGUUACGUCAGAUAGCCUACCCAGACUUCAUUCUAGAUGACGAAAAGCUCGACGCGUACUACGACAGUCUGGAUGUGCAUGGCACUGAUUCCUACACUGAUAUGUUGGAAAAAGUCGCGCGAUGGGGAAUAGAGUAUGCCUUUAAAAAACUGAUGAGGCCUGUGGAUCGUUCCGAGUACAAUUUCAACUCUGCCAUAGUUAAUGCAUAUUACUCACCAACAUCCAAUACUAUCAGUCAGACUACAGACCUUUUU